AUGGCGUCGUACUUGAUGUUUCCACUGAUCAAUAGCAGUGACGAAGCCCCCAAUGGCGAUGAGUUCGUCAACAUUACCGUCAUCCCCGAUCAUGGCGAUCAGAAAAGCUACAGAGUCCUCAAGUCUGCCUUGAUGAGGGAAAGCGAGUGGGCUCGUGCCAAGUUCGCACGCUGGUCGAGCACCGAUCCUCUCUUAGAGAGCACUUUGGAGGUAGCAGACUUUGUCUUCACGGAGAUCAUGGAACAUCCCAACGACUGUGAUUGGGUGGGUCGAGCACCACGGAUUUGGACGUCCUUCGACUCGCACCACAAAGCUAGCAUCAAAGCCUGCCUGAAGUCUGUGUUGGACACGCUGGACUUUGCUCAGGCCCGUGGCUUCCACAGAUUAGAGGAGGCGUGCUUGGACUCGGCCGCUUUCGUCAUUCGUCGGCCCACUGUUUGGAGGAGAAGAGAUGAUCGUCGAUUGAGCCAACGCGGCUUCAUGCGAGGCUUCUUCGACAACAUAUCUCAACCCGGCGGCUAUCCUCGCCAGAUCUUUGACCUGUACGGCGAUGCUGUGAUCCAUUAUCUCCAGGAAGAUGGUAAUACAGAAUUGCUGUUGGAGCCACUCACGAAUCAUCCGGAGCUGGCCCAAUUCGUCAGAAGCCGUCUUGCGAACGCCUACGCAAGCCAGUUCCAGUGGAUUGUAAGGAAGCAGAAAUGGUUGGAUGGCGUGCGCAAGGCAAUGGAGAACGCUGAAGACAUCGUCGAUGAGGUCCGGCACUAUAUCUACAGGCACACUGAUACGGACGACUUGGAUAGUGAAUGA